AAGGAGGCAGAAGUCAUUUUAGUGAUUGCAGGAAACAGUGACUAUGUACGGGACAUGCGCAAUACACACAUUCUUUUCCCAGUGUAGCAUAGUUAUUGCCUCAGUCUGUUGACGCUAGUCUCCAGACUAACGGGGGUCGAAAAAACAGCGAAAUGGGUUUCGUUAAAGUCGUGAAGAAUAAGUCGUACUUCAAGAGGUACCAGGUGAAAUUCAGGAGAAGGCGAGAGGGUAAAACUGAUUACUUUGCCCGCAAGCGCCUGGUCAUCCAAGACAAAAACAAAUACAACACCCCCAAGUAUCGGAUGGUUGUGAGGUUCACCAACAGGGAUAUCAUCUGCCAGAUCGCCUACGCCAAGAUCGAGGGGGAUGUGGUCGUCUGCGCUGCCUACUCCCACGAGCUUCCAAAGUACGGGAUUGCCGUGGGUCUGACAAACUACGCCGCGGCGUACUGCACAGGGCUGCUGCUGGCACGAAGGCUCUUGAACAAGUUCGGUCUGGACAAGGUGUACGAGGGCCAGGUUGAGGUGACGGGCGACGAGUUCAACGUGGAGAGCAUCGACGACCAGCCCGGGGCUUUCACCUGCUACCUGGACGCAGGACUCGCCAGAACCACGACGGGAAACAAAGUUUUCGGCGCCCUCAAAGGAGCGGUAGAUGGAGGCCUGUCGAUUCCUCACAGCACCAAGCGGUUCCCCGGCUACGACCCGGAGAGCAAAGAGUUCAACGCAGACGUCCACAGGAAGCACAUCAUGGGCGUCAACGUGUCCGAGUACAUGAGCUACCUGAUGGAGGAGGACGAGGACGCCUACAAGAAGCAGUUCUCCCGCUUCAUCAAGAACGGCGUCACGCCCGACAUGGUAGAGGAAAUGUACAAAAAAGCCCAUGCUGCCAUCCGCGAGAACCCAGUCCACGAAAAGAAGCCCAAGAAAGAGGUCAAGAAGAAGAGGUGGAACCGCGCCAAGCUCUCGCUCGCUCAGAGGAAAGACCGCGUCGCUCAGAAGAAGGCCAGCUUCCUCCGCGCUCAGGAAAAAGAGGCCGACGACAGCUAGACCUGCACACCCCCCCCCCUUCGCAAAUCAGAUGCUUUGUUCUAAUAAAUCUAUUAAAAAAAAGA